AUGGACACGCAGUCGAACAGGGCGCAUCGCCCCACGAAAGAGAAGAAGAAAUUUGAAGGUUCAAAUCCCAAAGCCUUCGCCUUCUCGAACCCUGGGAAAGGGAAUAGGCAGGCAGCGCGUUCCCACGAUGUCAAAGAGAAAAGAUUCCAUGUGCCCCAAGUCGAUCGCAUCCCUGAGGAGGCUCCUCCGAUUGUGGUGUCUGUGGUUGGACCUCCAGGAGUUGGAAAGACCACCUUGAUCAAAUCGUUGAUCCGCCGGUAUACAAAGCAGACUCUCAGCUCACCUCAGGGGCCUUUGACCGUGGUCACCUCGAAGCGGCGGCGCCUCACGUUCUUCGAAUGCCCGUCUGAUUCUCUGGCGAGUAUGAUCGACACGGCCAAAGUUGCGGACAUUGUCCUCCUCAUGAUCGAUGGGAACUACGGGUUCGAGAUGGAGACUAUGGAGUUUCUCAACGCCCUGGCCGCAAGUGGUAUGCCGGGUAACGUUUUCGGCAUUCUGACCCAUCUGGAUCUCUUCAAGAAGCAGAGCACGUUGCAGGCCGCUAAAAAGCGGUUAAAGCAUCGGUUCUGGAGCGAGCUCUACCAAGGUGCCAAGCUUUUCUAUCUCUCAGGCGUUAUGAACGGCCGCUAUCCCGAUCGCGAAAUCCACAACCUGUCUCGAUUCCUGUCCGUGAUGAAAAACCCUCGACCCUUGGUCUGGCGUAAUUCCCACCCCUAUGCGCUGGCUGAUCGGUUUUUGGACGUCACUCCGCCCACAGAAAUUGAGGAGAACCCCAAAUGCGACCGCACCGUCGCUUUGUAUGGUUAUCUCCGCGGCACGAACUUCCCGGCACAAGGGGCACGAGUACAUGUUCCCGGUGUAGGUGACCUUACGGUCUCUGAAAUCGAGUCUCUCCCUGAUCCUUGCCCAACACCAUUCAUGGAUAAGGAGAUGGCCAAAGCAGCAGGCAAGUCUGGAAGGCGGAAGCUGGGCGAAAAGCAAAAGCUGCUUUUCGCACCUAUGUCUGAUGUUGGCGGUGUUUUGGUUGAUAAAGAUGCCGUCUACAUUGACGUGAAGACUUCUACAUUCAACAGAGAUGACGAAGAGUCCGAAGAUGAAGACCGUGGCUUGGGUGAACAGCUGGUUGUUGGGCUACAGAAUGAACGAAAACUGCUGGGAGAGGCGGAUGCCGGCAUCCGGCUGUUUCGCAGCGGUGAGACCAUCAACAAAACCGAUGUAGAUCACAAUGGCGCAGAAGGAAGAAAACAGAGGAGAAAUAUCCGAGUCGUUGACGGCGAAAAAGGCACACAAGAUUUGUCCGACGAUGAAGGGUUCGAGAGCGUGGAUGAAGAAGAAGAAGAAGAGCAGGACUUUGAAGAUGGUGAUGAGGAUGACGAAGACUUCAGCGGUGAUGAAGCUGAUGCCGGGAUUUCUGCUCCCGCUGAUUUCGAGACGAGCUUCAAGGAGAGACAGAACGGCGACAUUCGUCGAGAAGAUGGGGAUCUUGCUUUCGCCGACAGUGACUCUGACCUCGGCUCAAUCUCGUCUGUCGAGGAGCAGGAAUUAGAGAGCGGACCAGAAAGCGAUGACAUGGAUGAAGAGGACGAUGAAGAUGACGACGGCGCCGCUCGUUGGAAGAACAACAUGCUCACUACUGCCAAAGCUCUUCGUGGGAAGCGACCCGCCUUUCGCGUUACUGAUUUAUCCCGCAUGAUGUACGAUGACACGAUCUCGCCAUUCGAUGUUAUUCGUAGAUGGAGCGGCCAGGAUCAGGACGAUGAGAACGACGAGGAGAACGAGGAUGAUGAGGAUGAUGAUGAUGCCUUCCUGAAGAAGACCAAUGCCGAGCAGGAAGAUCAAUCUGACUACCGUGCCAUCCCAGAGUACGACUACGAGGAGCUUGAGAGAAAGUGGCGUGACGAGGAAAUGAUCGAAUCGUUAAGGAAACGCUUCGUCACUGCCAGGCUGUCAGGAAAUGAUGGUGAUGGAGAAGAUGAGGACGAUGAUGAUGCUUUCGAUGAGGAUGAAGGUGAAGGCGAUGGUGAUUUCGAGGACUUGGAAACGGGAGAGGUUUUCAACGGCAUUAAAGAUGAUGAGGAGGAGGAGGACAACGACGACGACGAAAAUGAUGCAGAGGAAGAAAAGGCUGAAGAGGGCCCUGCUGAUCUCGAAGCCGAGCGUGAACGCAACGCGAAGCGCAAGGAGGAACUCAGGCUACGCUUUGAGGAAGAGGACCGGGAGGGCUUUGGCAAUGCCAAGGAUAACUCUCGAAACCCCGGGGAACCAGGCGACGAACAAUUUGCCGAGGAUCAAUGGUACGACAUGCAAAAGGCGAAGAUGCAGAAGCAAUUGGACAUCAACCGCGCCGAAUUCGACACCUUAGAUCCCGUCUCGCGGGCUAGAGCUGAAGGGUUCCGAGCCGGGACCUACGCUCGCAUUGUUCUGGAGAAGGUUCCCUGCGAGUUCGCGAUCAAGUUCACCCCGCGCUUUCCGGUCAUCGUUGGUGGCCUGGCUCCGACAGAAGAUCGUUUUGGAUAUGUGCAGGUUCGCAUCAAGCGUCACCGCUGGCAUAAGAAGAUCCUCAAGACCAACGACCCGUUGAUCUUCUCUCUGGGUUGGCGGCGUUUCCAGACCUUGCCGAUCUACAGCACGUCGGACAACCGGACCCGUAACCGGAUGCUCAAGUACACGCCCGAACAUAUGCACUGUUUCGGUACCUUCUACGGACCCCUUGUGGCGCCCAACACCGGUUUCUGCUGUGUCCAGUCCUUCUCGAACAAGACCCCCGGCUUCCGUAUCGCCGCUACAGGCGUGGUUCUCAGCGUGGACGAGCACACUGAGAUUGUGAAGAAGCUCAAACUGACUGGCCAUGCGUACAAGAUCUUCAAGAACACUGCGUUCAUCAAGGAUAUGUUCAACUCGUCCCUCGAGGUCGCCAAGUUUGAGGGUGCUUCCAUCCGCACCGUAUCCGGUAUUCGUGGUCAGAUCAAGCGAGCACUGGCCAAGCCCGAGGGUUGUUUCCGUGCUACCUUCGAGGACAAGAUCCUGAUGAGCGACAUUGUCUUCCUGCGGGCCUGGUAUCCGAUCAACCCCCACCGCUUCUACAAUCCCGUCACCAACCUUCUCGAUAUCGAAAAGGAGUCUGGUGAUGACAAGGGAUGGCACGCGAUGCGCCUGACUGGCGAAGUCCGUCGCGAUCAGGGCAUCCCGACGCCGCAAAACAAGGAUUCCGCCUACCGGCCCAUCGAGCGUCAAACACGCCAUUUCAACCCUCUCCGGGUGCCCAAACAGCUGGCGGCCGAUCUCCCUUUCAAGUCGCAGAUCACCAAGAUGCGCAAGCGGCAGGACCAGACGUACCUCCAGAAGCGGGCCGUGGUCCUGGGCGGCGAGGAGAAGAAGGCCCGCGACCUGAUGCAGAAGCUCAACACGCUGCGCAACGAGAAACAGGCGAAGCGGGCCGUCAAGCAGGAGGAGCGCCGACAGGUCUACCGUGCCAAGGUCGCCGAUGGACUGGAGAAGAAGGCGGCGCGCGAGAAGAGGGAGAAGAACGAGUUCUGGCAGCGCGAGGGCAAAAAGCGCAAGAAUGAGGACGGCGAGGGUGGCGGGCGGUUCAAAAAAAAGAAGUAG